GAGGCGACUUUUUUCCCGGCGCGCGCUUCUUGGAAUCUUGCGCGCUCGGUCGCCGGCGAAGGUGUGACAAUCCAGGAACCCGGCGCUUGGACUCGGCGGCGACACCAAGAGAGCUCCGCUGACGUCACCGAGUACGAGAGCGGCUCCCGGUUAUCAUCUGCUUCAACUAACAUCGCAUUUGAAAUGAUGGCGAACAGCAGCGUGGUUCCGAGCUGCGGCGUGUGGAUGCUGGCACUGCUCGUCCUCGGCUCGCUGCUAGGCGCCCUGGCUGAGCCACAGGCUGGCGGCGACUGGAACGCCCUGUCCGGCAUGUGGGGCAAGCGCGCCUCGUCCGACUGGAACCGCCUCUCCAGCAUGUGGGGCAAGCGGGCACCCUACGGACCCUACCAGGCCCUGCUGCUGCGUGCCGGAGAGUCUGGCGAGGGCGCAGGACACGGCAUCAGCGCCCGUGCCGCGGGACCGGCUGCUCUGCGCGAGAACCACUGGAACGACCUCAGCGGCUACUGGGGCUGAGUCGGCCCGCCGAGGUUUACCACCGAGUGCCCCCGACGACCGGAAGCCCUUGGGUUGCCUCCGCUGGUCCCUGGAAGAAUGGCAGGCAUGUGUACAUAAGAAGCCAGUUCGAGCCGAUGAGCAGGCGCGUCUGAAAACACCGCCGUUUAUUUCGAUU